GGUCAUGCCUUUGUUGAAUGCUGGGGCCCCACCCGUCUAAGCAUAGAGGCGGGCCGCUCUCUGUUUUUAUAGUCAGCUCCCUUUCGCGGAAGGAGCUCCGAGGGAAACUGAGGCCUGCGAGCCGCCGGGGCUCCUGGCAGGCGCUGAGCUCCGACGGGAAGGUCCGCCCGACCUCGGGCCGCCGCAGUUAAGAAAAUGAGGCAGAAGGAAGUGUUAACCAAGACCUUCCAAGGCCCAGCCGUGGUCUGUAGGACUCCGACCAGCCACAUUUACAUGUUUGAGAAUGGUGUUGGGGACUCCGGGGACUCCUCUGAGGAAGAGUCCCACCAAGUAGCUCUGCGGCCCCGGGGCAAGGAGCGCGAGAAGAAGGGUGCCCACCACCCUCACCAGCCAGGAGCAGGGGACGUGGUGCUGCUGCAGCGGGAGCUGGCCCAGGAGGACAGCCUCAACAAGCUCGCUCUUCAGUAUGGCUGCAAAGUUGCAGAUAUCAAGAAAGUCAACAACUUCAUCAGAGAACAAGACUUACAUGCUUUGAAAUCUGUUAAGAUUCCAGUGAAAAACCACGGGAUCCUAACAGAGACACACAAAGAACUCAGACCCCUCCUGAGCUCAUCUACAGAGACCAGAGUGACCUUCGAGGAGCAGCCAGACCCAGACAGAGCAGCUGUCAGUGCCAGUGCCUCGUCUAACCCACUGACGGAUUUCUUUAAGGGCAUUGACCAGAAUAUUGAGCAUGCAGUGCAGUCAGAAAUCUUUUUGAGUGAAAGUUACUGCAUAGAGACCUCCAGUCAGCCACUGCUUCCGACUCUUCCGAAGAUACCUACAAAUGGUGCAGACUGUGGAAUUCAGAGGUGGAAUGCUGUUUUUAUCAUGCUUCUGAUUGGAAUUGUUUUACCCGUGUUUUAUUUGGUCUAUUUUAAAAUACAAACUACUAGUGAGAUCCCUAGUAUCUUGAAUACAACUGCUGUCCCUAAUGGCUCGAUGGCAGUGAGUGCAGUUCUAGGGCAAUCCCCCAAAUUAGCGAUUCCAUUGCCAACCAUUCCCUCUUCAGACAGCCAGUUCAGUCAGACCACCCACGGGGAGAACUAGCUCUUGUUGUUUCUAAGGAAUCAGGGCAGCUUUAGCACUUGCGCUCCUAAUGUGCAUCAGCCGACAUUGGCCAUAUCUUAGCGUGCUGCAUUUUUUUUUCUGUGACAUAUGGACGUGUUACAGAAGCCACCAUCAUGUCAGUCACACUCAUCAUGGGGAAUAGACUCGCCUGAUCCAAGGCUGUGGGAGCCAAAACACCAGCAUCCUCAACCUCCUACAUCCAAAGAGGAGCGGCAGGAGAGACAUUUACACAUGACAGAUGCUGUUCCUUGAAGGCAUUUAGUGGACUGGCCAUGAAUGUCUUCACAAUAGCACUGUGUAGGUCCCCAAGCUGGACGUGCUUGGAGGGAGAUGAAUGGCCUUGGCAGAUGGACCUGCAGUAUGGGAGCCCCUGGUAUCAGCUUUGGUUGUCUGGAUGUUUGCUUUGUCCCCUGCCUGCUGUGAAGGAGUGACUGGCUCUGACAAAUGAUGUUUUGUGUCCCCCCAACAAAGGUGUUGUGCAAUAGCGAUGGGAUGUCACCCUGUUUCAGAGUGUGACACAUGACAGUUGUAAUAAGCCCUGCUUCACAUUUGCCCCCUCAGACAGCCUUUUUGAGGCAAUGUCAUAUCUAGAAUUUAAAAAGCCCUAAAUCUAAAUUGCUAUAAUACUGAGUAAAUAGCAGUUCUGCUCCUCGUAAUUUUAGAGCUCCUUAAUCUGACACACAGGCACGUUUUAAGCACUUCCUGGCCAGGACAUUUGGAGGCCAUGGCCCAGUUUCACCUGAGGAGCAUUUCUACAGUGAUUGCUAACUGGAGUCCCCAAGUCAGCAUUCUUGGAAGGAUCUCUUUCUGGUCAGUGUCUGGAGUGGAGUAGGUAUAGGGAGAAGGAUGAGUGCCUAUCACCGAGGUCCCAACAUGUGACACUUAUAAGGCUGAACAGUCCUCAAUCCAGCUUUUGCUGGCCCCUGUAUGUGUCUGGAAGAGUGGUACAGGGAGAAUGGGCUUGCUUCCUGCUGCUUCCUUGACUCCAUCCUUAGGACUUCUAGAGCCACAGAACAGGAAUGGGGCUCAGUCACUUUUCCUUGGGUGAAUACAAUGUAGCUCAUAAUGUUAAAAUAUUGAACACUUAAUGGAGGGCCUAGAGGUGACCCUUGCUGUGGAAGACCGUAAAAAGAGGGGCCUGGGGGUUUGCCCGUCUACUCCUAUGACAAGGCAACAGUGGUGCUAAGUUCAGAGGCUCGUGGAGGGCAUGGGUUGGCCUCUGAGACCUUGCUGGUGGAGCAAGCGUGAAUGGGGUGAGGGCAGGAGUCUGCCUCGGUCCCUUGGAGGAGUGGAAAUUGGCCAGGGUGGCUGGUGGCUCAGCCUUAGGGAGGUCUGUCUCCAGGGAGGAAAACAUGCUGCUCUUGGGUUUUAGGCAGGUUUAAGACAUUUGACACAUUCAGCCUAGAGAUCAAUUUAAAAGAGCUCAUCAUGUAAGAGGAGGGGAAUGUGGCAGACAAGUACCUGAGAUGGGCUUCCAGUUUCUUUCCCCUCUCAGUUAUGUGAAAAACUAUUUUGCCCUGGGUUCAAUUAGCAAAUUUAAAUUAUCUUCAAAAUUAAAUGUUUUCUUCAAAAGCAAAAUGGUCUUCAGGAUAAAAUGAACUUGUCAGCCUUUGCUACAGGAAAUGUUUUGAUCAUGUAAAUGCUUUUCCAGCCAAACGUUUGUGUGCACUGUGCCCCUGAGGGCCACAGGUUUCUCUAACCAUUUGUCACCAUUAAUUUCGCCAGGCAGGACUCAGACUCUCAUGAGAAAAUGACUUUUGCCAGGCAAAGAAUGAAUAUCUGUAUACUUUUUUUCAAAUGGAAUAAAAUAGUUCCUUCUGUGAAGGAAAAUUGAUUCCUCCUUUUUAAUAAGGGAGUUGGUAAUUCAGAGUUAAAAGAUGUGGGAUGAUGUUGGAGAAAAGGGAAGUGUCCAUGUCCAAGGGGUGAGGCCUGCCCAGGGCUUGGGCCCAAGGUUACCCCAGCAGGUGAAGAACAAGUAGUAACAAGUACAGUCUUGCUGAUUGGUCUGCAUAACAUACUUUAAAACUUUUAUUAAGGAGACUUCCUUGGUGGUCCGGUGGUUAAGAAUCCACCUUCAAAUUAAGGGGACACGAUCCCUGGUUGGGGAACUAAGAUCCCACGUGCUGGGGGGCAACUAAGCCUGUGUGCUGCAGCUACUGAGCCCACGCGCUCUGGAGUCCAUACGUCACAGCUAGAGAGCCUGUGUGCCGCAACUACUGAGCCUGAACGCUCUGGAGCCCUCAUGCCACAACUAGAGAGCCCGUGCACUGCAACUGCUGAGCCCAGGCACUGCAAAGAAGAGCCCGUGUGCCACAACAAAAGAUCCUGCAUGCCACAGAAAAGAUCCCACGUGCUGCAACUAAGACCUGACGCAGCCAAAUAAUAAAUAUUAAAAUUGUUUUAGGUAUACGUAAGAGAUACCAUGGAGCUCAUUUUCUAUAUAUUUUACUGCAUUUUUAGUGUGUUUUGGGAGUUAAUGUUGUAAAGGAAUAAUUAGAUUUGUUAGAUAGUCUUCAGUCCUUUUUGUUGAACUGUAGUGCCUAAUAUUGCAAAAGCCUAGGGAAUCUGUCAUUAGGCAAAUGAUGCUCCCAUUUUACUCUGGGGAGACAAGGCUGCAGAAACUAAGCAGAAGCCUCAGGGUCACCCAGAGCAGGACUACCCAGCCACAGCCAUGACACAGCCCCUCCUCAGCAAUCUAGUUCUUUACAUUGCCUCUGCAUUAAUUGUGAAAGCCUGAGUUUGAGGGAGAACACUAUGUGCCCUGAGAUGAUGGCUUAUAGAGGGGAUUUUAACAUUUUUAACUAGUUUUAUUGAGAUAAAAUUGACAUAACAGCACUAUAUAAGAUGUACAGCAUAAUGAAUUGACUUAGAUACACUGUGAAAUGAUUACCACAAGUUUAGUUAACAUCCAUCAUCUCAUGUAGAUACAAAAAAAAAAAAAAAGAAAAAUGUUCUUUUCCCUUGUGAUGAGAACUCAGGAUUUAUUCCUUUAACAACUUUGAUGUAUACCAUAUAACAGUGUUAACUAUAGUCCUCAUGUUGUACAUUAGUUCCCUAGUACUUAUUUAUCUUAUAAC